AUGGCCUCAACUGCAACCGAUCUCUUGAUUGGCAAAGUUGCAGGCAUUCUUGAGAGCGAAGCAUCCUCCAUAGUAGGUGUUCGUGAUCAAGUUGAUGAGAUUAAGCAAGAGCUUAUAAGCAUGAAAUCCUUCCUAAAGGAUGCUGAGGGGAAGAAACCGCAGACAGAAGGAGAGGAGACAUGGGUAGCUAGCGUGGGAGAUUUGGCCUACGAUGUUGGAGAUAUCAUUGAUAAGUUCAUGUACCACAUGCAUGAGCAGCAGAGUAGGGGUCGAUUUGCAAGCUGCCUUCACAAAGCCAUUCACAUUCCAAAGAAACUUUGGUAUAGGCGUCAAAUUGGCAAAAAGUUACAGAAAAUCACAAAAACCAUCAAAGACAUUACAGAGAGGAAUCAAAGAUACGAUAAUGAUCCCCUAGAAGGAACAAGUUCAGAUGACAUUCAAAAAUGGGUGAAAAACCAAGCAGAGUCUUCCCUUUUUAUUAAGGAAGACGAACUUGUGGGGAUUGAAGACAAGAAGCAAAUUUUGAUGGGAUGGCUGAUGAACGGAGAGCAACAACAAGCGGUUAUCUCUGUGGUCGGGAUGGGAGGAUCAGGGAGGACAACUCUAGUUGCAAAAACCUUCACCAGUGAAAGUGUGAAGAGGCAUUUCAGCUGUUAUGCGUGGAUUACGGUUUCCCAAAGUUAUGUGAUUGAAGAUUUGUUUAGAAGCUUGAUCAAGGAAGUCCACCAAGCAACGAAGGAAGAGGUCCCUGCAGCUGCAGACUUCAAUUCCAUGAGCUAUAGGGAAUUGCUACAUAUACUCGUAACCUACUUGGAGUCUAGAAGGUACCUUGUUGUAUUGGAUGACGUGUGGGAUAUAAAACUUUUGAAAGAAAUGAGGAUAGCACUUCCAAAUAGACAGCUUGGAAGUCGAAUCAUGCUCACUACUCGAAAAGAAGAGAUAGCCUUCUAUUCUUUUGGAGUAGAAAGCCAUGUUCAUCGUAUUCAACCGCUGAAAAAGAAUGAGGCUUGGGAGCUCUUCAGCAAGAAAGCAUUCUCAACUUACCAUAAUAAACGUUGUCCACCAGAGCUUGAAUCAUCAGCUUGGGAACUUUUGGGGAAAUGUAAAGGUCUACCCCUAGCAAUCGUAGCUUUAGGUGGUCUUAUGUCUUCCAAGGAGUCAUCUACGGAGUGGAGAAAAGUCUGCAACAGCAUAAAUUGGCAUCUAAUAAAUGAUCAUUUCCUAGAACCUGCGAAGACAAUCUUGUUUCUCAGUUUCAACGAUUUGCCAUAUCGACUGAAACAUUGCUUCCUAUAUUGUUCAAUUUUCCCAGAAGAUUAUUUGAUUCGAGCAGAAAGGCUUAUUAGAUUGUGGAUAGCUGAAGGCUUCGUUGAACAUGUUAAAGGGGUUACACCGGAAGAAGUUUCUGAGAGCUAUCUUAUGGAACUCAAUUUUCGUAGCAUGUUGCAGGUUGUAAGGUGUCCAACUAUAAGACAAGCAUGUAAGAUGCACGAUCUUAUGCGGGAGCUUGCUUUGUCCACAUUAGAAAAAGAAAAGUUUUGUGUUGUCUAUGAUGGGAGAGAAGUAAUGGAAGAAAUCAGAGCUCGUCGUUUGUCAAUUCAGACAUCUGAAGGAGAAAUUAAAGUAUGCAAAGGUAUGUCGCAGCUUCGUUCAUUUCAUGUGUUUGUCACUGGUGUAUUCUCGCCGUCUAUUUCAAGUACAUUGCUUUCUCAAUUCAAAUUGUUGAGGAUUCUAGAUUUGGAGGAUGUACCAAUUGAAGAACUGCCUGAUGGUCUUAUGUACUUAUUCAACUUAAGAUAUUUAAGUUUGAGUAGAACUUCAAUUAAAAAACUUCCAGAAUCCAUAGGACAGCUUUGCAAUCUUCAAACCUUAGACAUCAGCGACACAGAGAUUGAAACACUUCCGAAGGAAAUUGCCAAGUUGGUAAACCUACGCCAUCUAAUUAUGUAUCGAUACAGUGGAGCAUCUUGGAAAUUUGGAUAUGCUAAAGGGAUUAGAGCACCAUCAAAUAUUUGUAUGUUGAAAAAAUUGCAAGUUUUGUCAUUUGUUGAAUCAGACUCGGAAGGAAACUUUUUAAAACUUGUUGGGAACAUGACCCAACUUACUCACAUUGGCAUUACAAAUGUAAAAGGAAGUAAUGAGAUGAACCUUUGUGCUUCCAUUCAAAAGAUGAAGCUCCUUCGCUACCUGUAUUUAUUGGUUACAAGUGAAGAGGAAUUUCUUCGAAUCGAUGCACUUGCUUCUCUCCCAGGUCCUCUGUCGCACCUUCAAAGGCUUCUUUUGAGCGGCAAACUAGCAACUGUACCAAGUUGGUUUGGUUCACUCAGGAGCCUCACAGAUAUCAGUCUACGUUGGUCUAGACUUAAAGAAGAUCUACUACCACACAUUGAAGCACUGCCCUGUCUUAGAAGGCUUAUCCUUGUUAAUGCCUAUGUUGGGAAUGAAUUGUGCUUCAAUAUAGGCUUUGCAAGGCUCACACAUCUGGAGUUGCUUAAUUUCCCCUUUUUGAAAAAUAUAACAAUAGAAGAAGGUGUGAUGCCGAAACUCCAGUUGUUAAUACUUCAUUGCUGCAUGAAAUUAAAGGCAUUACCACACGGUCUUGAAUUCCUUAGGAAUCUAGAAACAUUGAGAUUGGGGUCUGUUCCGAUGAAAAUUAUAGAAAAUAUACGAGAAGGAGGCCUGGAUCAUCCAAAGGUACAACACAUCCGUGAAAUUGACCAAAUUUACGAAACAUCAUCUGCUACUUCUUCUGCAAGGUGA